AUGGCGCGGGGGUUGCGCAUCCGUCAUCCAGACGCGCCUGGGCUCCGGGCCGGCCCUGGACCUGCAGGUUCGGGCCUGCGGGGACACACGUGUGUCCUGAAUAUGUCAGGGUCCGUGCGUGUCGUCUGUGGCGCCCUCCCUGCCCUGCCAGGGGGAGACGGGCUGGUUGAGGGGGAUUCUGUGGCCGGCACCGCGGCGGUGCUGCCAAAGCUCUCGGCACAUGGCCCAUCGGAGAGGGACCCGAUGCGGGCCCGGCUGCUGGGCCUCGUCCUGAGCCCCACAUCUGGCCACCGUCGUCUGUGCGGCCUGCAGGGCACCGCGGCCGUGUGUGUGUCAUGGGCUGGGGUGCCAGCUCCUCCUGCAGCGGCAACCCUGGCCCUGAGACGGCCACCUGGUUUGCAGUGGCUCCCCCGGCGGAGCACGGGGACCCUCUCCUCCCGGGGCCAGGCUGUUGGCAGCCCUGCCAAGCUCUGGCUGGAAUGGCAUUCCCGGCGUUCCUGGCGGGCAUCUUUCAAAAAUUCCCGGUGGGCGGGGCCGAGCGCGCCCGGCCCCCUCCCCGCAGCCAGUGCCAGACGAGCGCGAGCGCAGGAGACAAAAGUAGCAUUUUCUCCUCCCGGGCUGCCAGCCGGGCUCCCAGCGCCACUCGCUCCUGGCAGCCCUGCCUCCGGUGGCCGAGGCCCAGGCCACGCCAGCCAGGAGCGGGGGCGGACAGACGACGGUGGCCAGAGACCAGGACACCCGAGGGCCCGUCUGACCGGGGCUGGCACCUGGGCCUGGCCUGGCCAGCGGGACCCGUGCUCAGCGGCCGCCGCCGUGACCAGCGGGCACGACGGUUCACGUCCUCACUCUGGAGAGAGAGCUCCUCGUUCCCCGGCGCCUGGAACCAACCACGUGGCGAGAGUGAAACUGACCUGCCCGCCAGACCAUCCCUGCCUGUUCCCCCAAAAGCCGGCUGUCCACAGCGGGCGGGAGCCGUGGUGGGGGUGGCCGGGGCGUCUCAUCACCGUCAAGCACGAUGGCCGUGGCUUUGCUGGUGCAGAUCCUGCCGUUCGUGACCAGCCUGGCCCAGCGGAGCCCGGGGAUGUGGCUCAUCCCAAAGCCCCCCAGAAAGGGGGACCCGUCACGGCCUGCGGGAGGCCCCGCUGCACUGCCCGGCCCAGAGAGAGGAAGGGAGAAAGAAACAUCGACCGGCUGCCUCCUGCACGCCCUGCGGUGGACGGAGCCCGAAACCUGGGCAUUGCCCUGACCGGACGGAACCAGCGACCUGCUGCAUGGACGACGCCCGCCGACCGAGCCGCACGCACGCCUUUUGCCGCGUGUUGGCCUCCCCGUCCUGAUGGGGCGUGAUGGCCACUCCUGUCCUGAUGGGGUGACCCAGUGCCUAGAUGAGUUUCCCAAACACCACUCUGCACUCUCCCUCUCUCAGUCCAACCCCCCUACCGUCCUCUCCCUUCUUCCCUCCCCCCUCUCCCUUCCCCAUCUCUCCCCCUCCCUCUCCCUCCCCUUCCCU